AUGUCAACCCACGAUCCUGAAGCCCCGGAAAGCCCGAGGCUAAGCAACGCCGCCCGUGUCGCCGAGGGGCAAAAGCCACCAAACUGGGUCCCAAUUAAGGAACAGCAUGGUUAUACUCCACGAAAAAUCAGAAUGAUCUGUGUCGGUGCCGGUCUCUCCGGACUGACGUUGGCGCAUAUGAUCAAGUAUGAAAUGAAGGAUAAUGAAUUCCUGGAUUAUACAAUUUACGACAAGAAUGCGGAGAUUGGCGGGGUUUGGUUUGAGAAUAAGUACCCCGGUGUUGCCUGUGAUCUCGCCGCCCAUACAUAUUGUUUUCGAUUUGAGCCCAACCCAAAUUGGUCUCAUUUUUAUGUCCCAGGUGCGGAAAUCUAUGAGUACAUCCAAAGGACUGUACGGAAGUGGGGCCUCGACGACCAUGUUGAGUUGAACUCCAAGGUUAUUGAGUCCAAAUGGGACGAAGAAGCAGGGAAAUGGAAGGUGAAAAUUGACCAGAAUGGGACAAUCAAAGAAGACGAAGCGGAAAUUCUAGUCAACGGCAUGGGCCUGGUGAAGGAUGAAAGUUAUGACUGGAAAGGGAAGCGCGUGGCCGUGAUUGGGAAUGGCUCAGCGGGCACACAGGUCGUGGCUACAAUGCAUUGCGAGACAUCGAAGCUGGUCAACUACGUUCGCAGUCCAACAUGGUUGACCCCCAAUAUCAAUGGGGAAAUGACUCGAGAUGGGUCAAACUUCGCCUACACUCCCGAAGAACAGGAGCGAUUCAGAAAUGACCCAAAGGCCUUCUUUGACCUACGCAAGGAGUUGGAAACCCAUGUCAAUGGCGGUGCAUAUGCCACGCUCAAGGAGCAUCCUUUGCAAGAUUUGAUGAGAGGAGAGUCCAAGAAAAUCAUGGAAGAAAGAUUGAAAACUCUUGAUCCAUCUAUUGCUGCUCGAAUCAUUCCGGAUUUUCCUGUCGGCUGUCGUCGACUCACGCCCGAAGUUGGCUACCUGAAAUCCUUCAAUGACGAAAACACAGAGAUGUGUUGGGACGAGAUUGAGCGGAUCACCGAGACUGGGAUUCGAACGAAGAAGGGCGAAGAGGAAUUUGACAUGAUUGUCUGUGCGACGGGCUAUAACACAUCUGCUCGACCACAUUGGAAGCAUAUCGGGAGAAAUGGCCGAAUCCUCACUGGAGAUCUGGAAGGUUUCUUCUCGGUUCAAAUCAACGACAUGCCGAACUAUUUCAUGGUUGGAGGCCCCAAUUUCCCCGUCUCACACGGGACUGUGUAUACUGCCCUUGUCUUUGCGUGCCAAUAUGCAUUGAAAUGGACCCGGAAAAUCGCCACGGAGGAUAUCAAAUCUCUCGAUGUCCGAAAAGAGUCGGUGGACGACUACAACGUUUGGUCUCAGGAGUACCUAAAGCGCACUGCAUUUUCUGGAAAAUGUUCAAGCUGGUACAAGAACGGAAAGUCUAGAGGCUUCGUGAAUGCCUAUGCGGGAUCAAUGAGCCACUUCCGGAAGUCACUGGAAAGGAUUGGUGGCGAGCAUUUCAAUAUCCAGUACAACUCGGCAAACCGAUUCUCCUAUCUGGGCAAUGGGCAAAUGAAGGAGGAAGACAAUGGGUUUGGCGAUUUGUCUGACUACUUCGUGCAAGGUGUCUGGGGCCCGUGA